AUGGAGCCGGAGGAGGAAGGGCCAGGGCCGCCCUCGCCGCCGCCUCACCCGCGCCUGGGGAGCCUCAGCUGGCCGCGGGGCUGGUCCUUGUCGGCCCAGGAGCUGGAGGAGGGGGCCCCGCUGCUCUCGCCCCACACCCCCGGCGGCGGCAGGAGACGGCUGAAUAAUUCGUCGUCUGGUGCUUCCUUUGGUUUCUCAGUGUUUAAUCUAAUGAACGCUAUCAUGGGAAGUGGGAUUCUCGGAUUAGCAUAUGCCAUGGCCAAGACAGGAAUCAUUGGAUUUAGCCUGCUGCUGCUGAUUGUUGCCAUCCUGGCGGCUUACUCUGUGUUUCUGCUUCUCAGUUUGUGCGUUCACACUGCUGUCACUUCUUACGAAGAUCUUGGCCUCUUUGCAUUUGGCUCCCCUGGAAAGGUUCUUGUGGCCAGCACAAUCAUCAUUCAGAAUAUUGGAGCCAUGUCGUCCUACCUGCUCAUUGUCAAGUCCGAACUUCCUCGUGCUAUCGCCGGGCUUCUGACUGGAGACCAGAGCGGGGCCUGGUAUCUUGACGGGCAAUUGCUGCUCCUGAUUACCUCCGUCUGCAUCGUCUUCCCUCUAGCUCUUCUUCCCAAAAUUGGCUUUCUUGGCUACACAAGUAGUUUAUCAUUUUUCUUUAUGGUGUUCUUUGCUCUUGUGGUCAUCAUUAAAAAGUGGUCCAUUCCUUGCCCUCUGCCCCCAAAUGUUGCCGCGGAGUCCUUCCAGGUUUCAAAUUCUACCGAAGACUGCAAGCCAGCCCUCUUCAACUUCUCUAAGGAGAGUGCUUACGUGUUACCCAUUAUGGCUUUCUCUUUUCUGUGCCACACGUCAGUGCUACCAAUUUACUGUGAGCUCAAGAGUCCGUCCAAAAGCAGGAUGCAGAAAGUCGCCAACACGGGGAUCAGUUUGAGCUUCCUGGUUUAUCUUUUGUCCGCGCUAUUUGGAUACCUGACUUUUUAUGACCGUGUGGAUUCGGAAUUGCUGCAAGGAUACAGCAGAUACCUGCCCCACGACACCCUCAUCACAACUGUGAAAAUAGGCAUCCUCUUGGCCGUGUUGUUGACUGUGCCCCUAAUCCAUUUCCCUGCGAGGAAGGCAGUCACGAUGGUCUUUUUCCCCCAUCUCCCUUUCUCCGUCAUGCGCCACAUUGUCGUCACUUUGGCACUCAACGCAACCGUCGUCGUGCUCGCGAUGUACGUGCCCGACAUCAAGCAGCUGUUUGGGGUCGUCGGUUCAACCACGUCGACCUGCUUGCUCUUUGUGUAUCCUGGGCUGUUCUAUCUCAAGCUCAGCACGGAGGAUUUCCUGUCACGGCAGAAACUUGGGGCUUGUGCGCUGCUCGUUUUUGGCCUCUUGGUCGGUUUUUUCAGUUUGGUGCUAAUAAUUUGCAACUGGGCUCGUCGGUGAAAGAAUUCCUUCCUCUUGGAACUGCA